UUAUCUUGUACGUUGUCCGGGGUAUUGAUGUGCUCAGUGAACACGCUGGUAUAAUAGUUCGGGUAUAGUAUAUAAAAUAGGUUGUAUGUGCAUCUUACUACAGGAGAAUUGGUCGACAAAAAGAACAUCAUUAUAGAUAGUAUAAUGUUUAUAGAUAAAAUGUUGACUAUAGAUAGAGUAUUAAUCUGUCUGCUUAUAUUCAGUUAUGUAUAUUUUGUAUUGGGCUCCUUUAAUGUGGCUCUUAAUAAACCAACAUGGCAAAGUUCAACAUUCAGGGAUUACCUUUCAUCUAAAGCUGUGGAUGGUAAUACUAAUCAGGUUUGGUCUGGUGGAAGUUGUUCGAUUACUCAAAACCACAUAAACUACAACUGGUGGUGUGUCGAUCUAAAACAGAGUUUUGAUAUCAGUAGUGUGAAGAUAUUUAACAGAGCAGAUGAUGGUAUUAACUGGAUGAAAGGAUUUGAAGUUAGAUUGAGUUCUACUAGUCACUGUGGUGAAGCAGGUUUUACAUCAGCUUCACCAUGUUAUAAAGACCAUACAUCAACAGCACAAUCUGUAUACACCGUAAAUAGAUGUAAUCAACCAUCAGUACCAUCUUUAUCGGCUAGAUUCGUUUUUGUUUCAAUACAACGCGAAUAUUUGAGUAUUUGUGAACUACAAAUAUUCACAGGUAAGUAUAUUACUAUUAACAGGUCUGGAUCAUGUUCUAAUGGUUGUCAGGGAGAUCAUUAUGGUAGCAGGUGUGAAUAUUCAUGUAGCACCAGAUGUAAGAAUGGUAAAUGUAAUGCCAAAACAGGGACAUGUACCGGAUGUAAAGAUGGUUCGUAUGGUGAAUUCUGUGAGUCUACAUGCAACACCAAUUGUCAGGAGGAUAAGUGUGAUUGGAAAACAGGGAAAUGUACCGGAUGUAAAGAUGGUUUCUAUGGUGAUAUGUGUGAGUCUACAUGCAACACCAGAUGUAAGAAUGGUAAAUGUAAUGCCAGAACAGGGAAAUGUACCGGAUGUAAAAAUGGUUACUAUGGUGACAUGUGUGAAGAAUCAUGUUCUACCUGUAAUGGUCCAUGUCGACAAUUAGAUGGUGUUUGUUUGACUGGUUGUAAAGAUGGAUAUUGGGGAUGUAAUGGUUUGUGUCUACAGAAAUGUUCCUACUGUAAUACAGCAGGCUGUAGAAUAGAAGAUGGCUUAUGUCAUAAUGGUUGUAAAGUUGGUAUCAACAAUCCGAAAUGCUUGAAUAACAUAACUUGUGGAGCUCAAUCUGAGCAAAACAUUACCUAAACACGAGGGAGGUGAAAAGAAUAGCAUCAAUAGUAUGAAGCAAUUGAUUUAUUGUGAAAAUACAUACUUCUGUAUAUUAAUGUAAAA